AUGUUCGGCCGCACGCCGAAGAAGAGCGACAACACCCGGUACUACGAGAUCCUGGGGGUCUCCAAGGACGCGUCACAAGAUGACCUCAAGAAGGCCUACCGCAAGGCCGCCAUCAAGAACCACCCCGACAAGGGCGGCGACCCCGAGAAGUGUUGCUAUGAUGGUGUUUCGAGUUGUGCUGGUUGUCAAGGUUCUGGCUUCAAGGUCCAAAUCUGGCAGUUGGGACCUGGAAUGAUUCAGCAAAUGCAACAUCUUUGCAAUGAGUGCAAGGGUUCUGGAGAGACCAUCAGCGAUAAGGAUAGAUGCCCACAAUGCAAAGGUGAUAAAGUUGUGCCGGAGAAGAAAGUUCUUGAAGUGGUAGUUGAGAAAGGUAUGCAGAACGGGCAGAAGAUCACAUUCCCUGGCGAAGCUGAUGAAGCGCCUGAUACUGCCACUGGAGAUAUCAUCUUUGUUCUCCAGCAGAAGGAGCAUCCCAAGUUCAAGAGAAAGGGCGAUGACCUCUUCCACAAGCACACACUGACCUUGACUGAAUCUUUGUGUGGCUUCCAGUUUGUUCUGGCUCACUUGGAUAACAGGCAGCUGCUGAUCAAAUCGAACCCUGGCGAAGUUGUGAAGCCUGGUUCUUUCAAGACAAUCAACGAUGAAGGCAUGCCCAUGUAUCAGUGGCCCUUCAUGAAGGGCAAGCUGUACAUCCACUUCUCGGUGGAGUUCCCGGACUCGUUGAGCCCGGAGCAGUGCAAGGCACUGGAGGUUGUUCUCCCGCCCAAGCCAGUAUCACAGUACACUGACAUGGAGCUGGACGAGUGCGAGGAGACGAUGCCCUACGACGUGAACAUCAAAGAGGAGAUGCGGAGGCGGCAGCAGCAGCACCAGGAGGCCUACGACGAGGAUGAUGAUGUGCCAAGUGGUGGGCAAAGGGUGCAGUGCGCCCAACAGUAG